AAUCCUGAACCAUCACCGCUGCAGGUAGGCGUGGUGGGUCGUACAGGAGCCGGCAAGUCGUCGCUCAUUCUCUCGUUACUUCGAGUACUGAGGCCGUCGCGGGGCCGCAUCGUCAUCGAUGGUGUUGACAUUGCCUCUGUUCCCCGAAGCACCCUGCGAUCUGCGCUCACCGUCAUUCCACAGGAGCCGUACCUGAUGAUGGGGAGCCUUCGCGACAACCUCGAUGCCUUGCGGAGACAUUCAGACGAGGAGCUCUGGGAGGCACUGAAGAAAGCGCACCUGUUUGACUUCGUAUCCCGGCAUCCAAGCGGCCUCCUCAUGGAUAUUGAAGACGGGGCCGAUAACCUCAGUGUGGGACAGCGUCAGCUGGUGUGUCUUGCGCGAGCGCUGCUUCGCUGCCCGCGAGUUCUGCUGCUGGACGAGGCCACGUCGCGCAUGGACGGCGACACGGACCGGAUCGUGCAGCGGACGAUACAAGAGAGCUUCGCCGCAUGCACCGUCAUCACAGUCGCCCACCGGCUGCACACGGUGCUCGCAUGCGACAGGAUCUUGGUCAUGAAAGACGGUGGCGUCGCAGAAUUCGGCACAGUAGCUGAACUGGCCGCCGACCCAAGCUCAGUAUUCCGGAAAAUGGCUCUUACUGCUGGAAUUGACCUUGCGACAAUAUGCUGAGUGUUAGCUAUGAGAAACUUCCGCAACGCUCAGUACGUAUGUUUUAACAGCUCUUCAAACUGCGAGAAUUCAUCGCGCGUCUGAAA